ACACAGUCAUUGCAGUUUUUUUAAACAGAAUCUUAUGGAUUAUGCUGGCAAUGAAGAUUCAGCCAGUGAAAUAUUCUGGUUGAGCAUGCCAAGUGUAGGCACAAGGCUAUUAAGCACUAUGACUGGAACCCUUGAAGAACAUAACUUGACUACACCUUGCACGUUAUUUGUUCAGUGGUUGGAAGGAGAGGAGGUGGAAGAAAUCCAUUUGAACGCCCCAAAUCCUGAACCCAACAUGGUUGAAUGGCCCGAGGAGGACCUCAUUGAGAAAAUAGACUUAUCAGUAAACACAAAGCAACAUGCCAUAGAGCUACUCACAGAGCUCACCAACCAAAUUAAUUAUGAGGAUCGAUACUCAUCAAAUAUGGUUAAUGCAUGCAGAGAUGACAUUUAUGGCUCUGCACGACGUGCAUUCACUAGACGCCUGUUUGAGCCAUAUAAGCCACUGGGAGUCGUGUUUAUGGAUCUUGGUGAUAACCCAGAAGGGGCAGUGGAUGAAGGUGGGCCGACAAGAGAGUUUUGUCAUCUCCUAAUGAAUGACCUUAAAAGCAGGAGCCUGUUUGAAGGGCCAGAUCAUUUUAAAUUACUGGCCCUGGACAGCCAUGGUAAGCAUUUAGUUAUGUUCACAUUUAUUCAAGGGUCCAACCCAUUUUGGAAAUAUGUCAACAAUGAAAUUUUAACAAAAUGUGAAUACAAAUGUCUAUUUGAAACUUUUCUUUUGAGCCAUCUCAAGAGGGGAAUAUAAAAUCAUGGGUAAAAUGAUAAGCAUAUGUCUUAUCCAUGGUGGCGUAGCACCCCACUUUUUUGCCCCACGACUAUUUAGUCUCGUUGUGGGUGAGGCUACAGAAGACGUAGACCUAAAUGAAAUUGUCGACGAGGGUUUCAGGAGCCAGCUGCAGAAGGCAGGUGUUUUUGUUAAUGCUGAUGCCAAGUCCUGGAUAAUUCAUUGUUUUUGCUAAAGUACAAGUUGAUAUGUUACUAAGAACUUUUAAUUUUUAGAUCCAAGAUGCCACAAAUAUUGAAAAGACCAGGGAGGCUUUAGAGGAGGCUUCAAAUAGCCUUUCUCUGCUUGGAUCAUUAAAUAUACAGUGAGGACUCUUACAGACAGGGAGACAGUCGUCCAAUGUGCAGCAAAAUUCUACCUCGAGGGACGACUUAAUGCUGCAAUGGAACAGUUUGUCGAUGGUCUGGGAUGCUUAGGAUUGCAUGCCGCAAUGAAGGCAAAUUCUAAACAUCUUCGGGAUCUCUUCCUGGCCAAAGUGGACCCGCUAACUGCCAAGGACCUCAUUGAUCUCUUCAGCCCACACUUCGCAGAGGAGGGAAGCAACCGCAGGCACAAUGAAAUUAGAACCUACGCCUGGUUCCGUGAUUUCUUGCUAGAUGUGGAAGGUGGAGAAAUGCAAGUGGAUGAAAGUAAAAACCUUACUCUGCAAGAGGUCUUGUCCUUUGCUUCUGGGCUGGAGGAGUUGCCCCCUCUGGGAUUCAAGAACCAGCCAAUCCUUGACUUUAUACAUACAGACCGCAAAUUCCCAGAAGCUAACACGUGUGACGUAGUCCUCCGCCUACCGAUACAUAGGAGCUACGAGGAGUUCUGCAACCACAUGUGCAGUGGGAUAUUACAGGCUACAGAGUUUGGGAUGACAUAAACCGAUUCACAUUGUUGUUGUUUUUUACAGUCUUGACAUUCGUUUUAUUAGCUAGACCUCUCUUUCUAUCUCUUUCCCCACUCUUUCUAUCCAACUCUCCCUACCCCUCAGCUACCCCACUCUCUCUCUCUCUCUCUCUCUCUCUCUCUCUCUCGCUCUCUCUCUCUCUCGCUCUCUCUCUCUCUCUCUCUCUCACUCUCUCUUCCUCACUCUCUCUCUUGCUCCCUCUCUCUCUCUCUCUCCCACUCUCUCUCCCUCACUCUCUCUCUCUCGCUCUCUCUCCCUCUCUCUCACUCUCUCUCCCUCACUCUCUCUCUCUC